ACUCAAUUUUAAUUUUUUAUUUAUUCUUUCGAUGUGAUAAUGCCCUCGACGGAUUAUCAAGGAAGUUCGUCACCGUUGACAAAUCUCGGCCGUUCAUUCUUACCCCUGAGGAGAGACCAAGUUCACUCGAUGGAAUCUCCGAUCGGUGGAUCUCCGUCGAACGAGGCGGAGCUUGAGUCGUUCCAGAGGCAAGUAGCCGACCGAUUCCACGAUUUGGCCUCCGUUCCUUCCGAUGAGUUGCUCUCUCUGCCGUGGGUUCGGAAAUUGAUCGACGCUUUCCUCUGUUGUCAAGAGGAAUUUCGGGUCAUACUGUUUAACAACAGAACUCCGGUGAAGAAGCCUCCCAUGGACCGUUUGAUCGCCGAUUAUAACGAGCGUGCCGUGAAGGCGCUCGAUGUUUGUAACGCUAUUCGCGAUGGGAUCGAACAGAUCAGGCAAUGGCAGAAGCUUAUAGAAAUCGUGCUUUGUGCUUUGGGUGGUGAUAAUAAUAGUUAUCAGAGAAGUCUAGGUGAAGGGCAAUUCCGUCGAGCGAGGAAGGCAUUGGUGGAUUUAGCGAUUGCGAUGCUCGACGAGAAGGAUUCCGGUCAAGCCCUGGCUCAUCGGAACCGUUCAUUUGGGAGACACAACAAUAGCAGCAGUCACUCGAAGGAUCAUCACCAUCGAUCCUUGGGUCAUUUCAGGUCAUUGUCUUGGAGCGUUUCCAGGUCGUGGUCCGCCGCCAGGCAGCUCCAGGCGAUCGGGAACAACUUGGCCGUGCCGCGAGGGAACGAGGUUUUGGCCACCAAUGGACUUGCAAUGCCCGUUUACACAAUGGGUAGUGUUUUGUUGUUUGUAAUGUGGGCAUUGGUGGCUGCAAUUCCAUGUCAAGAUCGUGGCUUGCAAGUUCAUUUCAAUUUCCCCAGGCAGUUCCCGUGGGCGGCUCCGAUUAUUUCGUUGCACGAGAGGAUAUUGGAGGAGUCCAAGAAGAGGGAUAGGAAAAAUGCUUGUGGACUGUUGAGAGAAAUUUAUCAAAUGGAGAAGUGUUCUCGGUUGUUGGGCGAACUCGCCGAUUCCGUGCAGUUCCCUUUGAAUGAGGAAAAGGAAAAGGAAGUUAAGCAGAGAGUUAAUGAAUUGAAGCAGGUUUCGGAUGCCAUGAAAGAAGAUUUAGAACCCUUGGAAAAGCAGGUUAGGGAAGUGUUUCAUAGGAUUGUCCGAAACCGAACCGAAGGGCUUGAUUCUUUAUGAAGUGGAAGAUGGAAAAGAAACGAAGAAGGAUUCGAGUCACUCGCGACAAAAAUUUAAAAGGGUAAGAAUGAAAACCAAAAAAGAACAGAGAUUUGCUUGUACUUAUCACUAUAUAUCAGUGUAAUCAGUGUAAAGAAAGCAGGACAUUUAGUUGGAUCUUUUUGGUCCUGAUGCUGUGCUCAUCUUUGUGUUGUUAUAUUAUAAUCAAAUGUCGUAAAUCUACA